AUGGCCGCACAAGAUGAGCUGCUGAGUUGUCUAGAGUUGACAGGAAAAUGGCGUCCUUCAUGGAGGAGGCCUGGUUUGGCUCAUAAGACCACUCUUAGGGGGACACUGUCUCGAGACCUUCCAGCAUAUGAUAGUAUGCAUAACGAGGCUACUCAGAGAACACUACUUCACUUGGAGAAGAAUAUGUUGUUCAUGCGAGAGCAGCACAAGGAAACUCUGAGCCAACUGCACAGAGAGAUAGAGAGACUCAAGAAUGAGAAUAGAGAGCUUCACUUCAACCUGGUCAUGUGUAGAGGCAGUCCUAGUCAACCUUCUGGCGGAGACAGCGAGGGAGAGGAGGUCCACUCUCUGAGGACCAGUCUAGCACAAGAGAAGACACGUAAUCGUCAGCUCAAAGCUCUCAUUGAGAGGAAAGUGUUAGAGGAACAGAAGAGUUGUGAUAGUGACUGUGUUAUUGGACCUUGUACCUCUGUAAUGGACUCUCAACCUCCGACCCUUGCCGAGGCUGAGAGAAUGAUCACACACUUACAACAGACCAACGACCAACAGAGUCAUGAGCUCCAACAGAUUAAGACAGACCUCCGUGAUGUCCUUUACUCUCACAAGUGGACUCCUGAUGCAUUCCUAUUAGCCAGGGCUUAUGUGAAUGAGGAUGAGGCUACUAAGUCAAAGCUUCCUAGAAUACCAACAGAGACCAACAACAUGUUUGAGCGAGCUUAUCGUAGGGUACGAGAAGAGGUCACCUUACCAGCGCUCACACCACAUGUCAGCACAUCAUUCCCUCGCAGACAAAAGAAAACUGCAGCUUUGCGCAACAAACUUGAACGAUCCCUACAAUAAGUCAAUGUCUUUAUCUUCAUUUAAUAUCUUGUAAUAAAACUAAUGAUUGCCAAACAAUUAAAUAAAUAUAAAAAUGA